CUGGGUGGUUAUUCGAGUCGAUUCGAUCCGAUUCGAGUCGAUUCGAGUCGAUUCGAGCCGAUUCGAGCCGAUUCGAGUCGAUUCGAGCCGAUUCGAGCCGAUUCGAAUCGAUUCGAAUCGAUUCGAAUCGAUUCGAAUCGAUUCGAAUCGAUGAAAAAUUGGGGUUUUCGCCUUCACAGUUACUUCUGGGUGGUUAUUCGAGUCGAUUCGAUCCGAUUCGAGUCGAUUCGAGUCGAUUCGAGCCGAUUCGAGCCGAUUCGAGUCGAUUCGAGCCGAUUCGAUCCGAUUCGAGUCGAUUCGAGUCGAUUCGAGUCGAUUCGAGCCGAUUCGAAUCGAUUCGAAUCGAUUCGAAUCGAUGAAAAAUUGGGGUUUUCGCCUUCACAGUUACUUCUGGGUGGUUAUUCGAGUCGAUUCGAUCCGAUUCGAGUCGAUUCGAGUCGAUUCGAGCCGAUUCGAGCCGAUUCGAGUCGAUUCGAGCCGAUUCGAAUCGAUUCGAAUCGAUUCGAAUCGAUGAAAAAUUGGGGUUUUCGCCUUCACAGUUACUUCUGGGUGGUUAUUCGAGUCGAUUCGAUCCGAUUCGAGUCGAUUCGAGUCGAUUCGAGCCGAUUCGAGCCGAUUCGAGUCGAUUCGAGCCGAUUCGAGCCGAUUCGAAUCGAUUCGAAUCGAUUCGAAUCGAUUCGAAUCGAUUCGAAUCGAUGAAAAAUUGGGGUUUUCGCCUUCACAGUUACUUCUGGGUGGUUAUUCGAGUCGAUUCGAUCCGAUUCGAGUCGAUUCGAGUCGAUUCGAGCCGAUUCGAGCCGAUUCGAGUCGAUUCGAGCCGAUUCGAUCCGAUUCGAGUCGAUUCGAGUCGAUUCGAGUCGAUUCGAGCCGAUUCGAAUCGAUUCGAAUCGAUUCGAAUCGAUGAAAAAUUGGGGUUUUCGCCUUCACAGUUACUUCUGGGUGGUUAUUCGAGUCGAUUCGAUCCGAUUCGAGUCGAUUCGAGUCGAUUCGAGCCGAUUCGAGCCGAUUCGAGUCGAUUCGAGCCGAUUCGAAUCGAUUCGAAUCGAUUCGAAUCGAUGAAAAAUUGGGGUUUUCGCCUUCACAGUUACUUCUGGGUGGUUAUUCGAGUCGAUUCGAUCCGAUUCGAGUCGAUUCGAGUCGAUUCGAGCCGAUUCGAGCCGAUUCGAGUCGAUUCGAGCCGAUUCGAGCCGAUUCGAAUCGAUUCGAAUCGAUUCGAAUCGAUUCGAAUCGAUUCGAAUCGAUGA